UCCUAAAACAUAAGGUAUAAAAGUCUAAAGGAUGAGGUGCAUGGACUCCUAAAACAUAAGAUCACAGUGCAGUCCACAAGCUCAUGUGACCUGAUAAAUAUAGCAUAAAAAUUGAUAGAUUUCGAGACGUUUACCUGAAGUGAUAAGCCGCAUGAGGUGCAUCACUUUAGGAAUAUAACAUAUAACCGACCAAGAACAUGAUGUUGGAGAUUUUGCUGCUUCUGGCAUGUGCGUCAGCUAGUGUCAUGUCCCAAACUACCAUGCCCUCAAUGGUAGAUUUAAGUGCGGGUAUGGCUGCAUUGAGCUCAGAAAGUAUUUCACCUGGUAUAAGGACAGGAACUGAAUUGAGUGCAACUGCCUUAGAAGAUUUUGAAAAACAUAAGGAAGCAAACACAUGUAAAGUCAAACUGGAAGCUGGCUGCCCACGAAGAAAAGGAAAGACAGGGCAUUGUUUUAGCGAUGUCCAUGCAAAUUGCUGCUACCUUACUAAUCCUAUGACGAAAUUGGAAGAUGGUUCUUUCAUAGCUAACUCAACCAAGGUGAAUGCUGUUUGCAUAACAAACAGAAACUGGAACAAAGGAGAGAUUGAUUGUGAAGAUGUAUUCAAAACUAGAGUGGCAAAAUACCCACAAUGUAACACAUCAAGCCUACGUGGAUUGCUGACAGAAACCGACCAGAUAAAGCAAGAAAUCAUUUACAUCUGUGAAGACAAAAAGAAGAUGAGAGGAUUGAAACCGAAUCCAAAAACAAUGGAGAACAAAUGUGCACCAAGCUUCUACAGGAAAAUGUCAAAACUUGGAUGUUGCUCCUUAAAACUUGAUGCCGAUGGUUCUGUUAGAAUCGUGUGUAAAACCGGCAAGAAAUGUAGAAAAUAA